GAAUGUAUUUUUACUUGGUCACUUGCUGAUGGAGGUACAGGUAGGUUGUUUUACAACGACGAUAAGGUAAAUGAGGUCAUUUCGUAUGUUUCUGGGUCGCAUUUUUGUCAACAAAGGCAAUAAACUCCACAAAGUUUUAUUCUUGUUAUCUCUUCUUUGCUGCCAGUUGCCACGCAAACUAACAAACAAAAUAUCACAUUGAGAAUUCGAAAGCAAAGGCAAGCAAGCAACCCAUUGCCUUCUCUUCUUCUUCUUCUUUAAAGAAAAAGAGAGAAAAAAAGAAGAAGAAGAAAAGAAUUCUAAUUAGGAAUAACGAAGGCCGCAAGCAUUCUCAAGACUUCCAGGGUUAUUUUGGAAUGUUUGCAAACUUUAAGAUUGUUUGAAUUGGAAGGGGACUAAGAGCAAGGAGGUUCUUGGUCCCCAAGAGAAUGAGUUGAAGAAGACCAAGAAAGUAGAGGAGAAUGAGCCUAGAACUCAAUUCCCCUUUUCUCGGGAUACCUCUGGGAAGCUCUUCAAAUGGUAAGAUAAGCAACCGGCAUUGCCUGGAUUUUAGUAGAGGGAAGCUCCUAAAAAGAGCUUUUCGCAAGCGUGUAUCUGCGGAGAAACAGAAUGAUUGGAUUGCUCAAGCUAUCAGGUUUUCGCAUUUUUGUGGGAAAAAUAUUGAAAUGUUUAGGAAAACCAUUGGGUUGAGAAAUGGGUUUGUUGCCAAAAGUGUUAAGGAGCCUUUUGCUGGGAGUAAAGCUCUAGUGAGGUCUUUGUCGCCGUUGUGGAAUGAAGGGUUACUCUUGGUUAGAUGCUCUGUUCUUGCUUCUGUUUUGUCUGCUGUGUGUUUAUUGGUUUGGUAUGGACAGAAGAAAGCUAAAGCUUUUGUGGAAGCAAAGCUUUUACCUUCAGUUUGUUCGGCGCUUAGUGAACAUAUACAGCGCGAGGUUGAUUGUAAGGUUAGGAGUGUUUCUCCAUUAAGUAUCACAUUGGAAGCAUGCUCCAUUGGGCCGCAUACUGAAGAGUUUUCUUGUGGUGAGGUUCCCAGUAUGAAAAUUCAUGUUCAGCCUUUUGCAAGUUUGAAGGGCAAGAUUGUAAUAGAUGCAGUUUUGUCUCAUCCUAGUCUAUUGAUUGCACAAAAGAAGGAUUAUACUUGGCUGGGCCUACCUUUUCCAGAAGAUGUUCUACAAAGACAUUUAUCAACUGAAGAAGGGAUCGAUUAUCGUACUAAAAGCAGGAGGAUUGCAAGAGAGGAAUCUGCCACUCGCUGGGCUAGAGAGAGGGAUGAUGAUGCUAAGAAGGCAGCAGAGAUGGGUUACAGUGUUUCUGAGGGAAUAUCAGAUAGAUCUGAAGAUGAUACUGUUAAAGAGAUAGGUUCUUCUGCUGAAAUAACAAGCUCAAAGUCAUUUUCUUGCUUGGAUGAGAAGAUGCAUCAGAGGGAUCAUCAUUGCGUGGACACCAAUGUUGAUUAUGAGACGAAACAUGCUGAAUUGGAGAAAUCAUUUGGUGUGAAAAUUCCAGGUUCAGGGCUUACGUUGUGGCCAAAAGUUAUCAAAGGGUCUAAAGGAAACAAAUUCAAGAAAAAGUUUAAUGGGAGAGAUACUUCCUCUGCUGGUGUUGCUGCCAAGAGACGAAUACUUGAGCGCAGUGCAUCUGCAGCGGUUGCAUAUUUUCAUCGUAUAUCCCUAGGGGACUCUUGUGAUCAUUCAGGGGCAUCUGGAAGUUAUGAUUUAUCGGAUCUUAAUACCCAGUUGUUGAAAAAUAAAGAUGAUUCUAUUGCUGAAACUUCUGUUAACAUUAAUAGUGGUGAAGGAAGUUUACUCGCUUAUAACCAGUACGGGAAACAAUGUGAAGAGACAGAAAACCAGUCUAUUAAUGAUAAUGCAACUCUAGAAAAUUUCAGUAUCUUACGUGACCCAUUUCUUAUGACUCUUGAAAGACUUAGCUGUGUUAGGAAAAUUGGCAAAAAUUCUCCAUAUGAUGGAAAUGCUGCAGCAGCUGCUAAAACAAUGAAUUCUAAAGUAUAUGGUGAAGAUUUGGUUUUUGAUGUUGAAAAUAGGAAUAUGGAUGAGGAUGGGUCCGAGGGUGAAAGGAGUCAUGCAUCUCCUUUUACUUCCAUACUGUCUGAUCCCACUCCAGCAUACCAUUCAGUUACAUUUUGGCCUUUAGGCUUGAAAUUUAGCUUGCCUUCAUUUCCUGCCAACACGGGGGAACGGAUUUCCAAAUUUUUAGCUGAAUCCUUCCAAAAGCUUAAAUUUGGUGUGGCUCCAAAGCUUGAAGAUAUUGUUGCAGAACUUGUUGAUGAGGUAGAUGUGGCGCAAACUGAAGGCAUUGAGAAGAUGCUUCCAGUUAUUGUGGAUUCCGUCCAUUUCAAGAGUGGAACACUGAUGCUGCUAGCAUUUGGUGACAGAGAGCCCAGAGAGAUGGAGAAUGUCUAUGGAUAUGUGAAAUUCCAAAACCAUUAUGGCCUUGUGCACGUACAACUCUGUGGUAACUGUAAAACUUGGAGAUCAGAUUUGGUGUCUGACGAUGGUGGCUGGUUGUCUACUGAUGUUUUCAUUGAUAACUUAGAUCAGAAAUGGCAUGCAAAUUUAAAUAUUUCCAACCUCUUUGUUCCGCUUUUUGAAAGAAUUUUAGAAAUUCCAGCCACAUGGCUUAAAGGAAGAGCCACUGGUGAGGUUCACUUGUGCAUGUCAAGGGGGGAGACAUUUCCUAAUCUUCAUGGACAGCUUGAUGUGACAGGGUUGGCCUUCCAGAUAUACGAUGCUCCAUCAUGGUUUUCUGAUAUUUCAGCAAGUUUAUGUUUCCGGGGUCAGAGAAUAUUCCUUCAUAAUACACGUGGCUGGUUUGGUGAUGUUCCUUUAGAAGCUUCUGGAGAUUUUGGCAUCCACCCUGAGGAAGGAGAAUUCCAUCUAAUGUGUCAGGUUCCAUGUGUCGAAGUAAAUGCCCUGAUGAAAACCUUCAAAAUGAAGCCUUUGUUGUUUCCGUUGGCUGGUUUUGUGACUGCGGUGUUCAACUGUCAAGGUCCACUGGAUGCCCCUAUUUUUGUGGGGAGUGGAAUGGUGUCUAGAAAGAUAUCUUACUCUGUUUCUGGUCCCUCAUCCUCUGCAUCUGAAGCAAUGUUGAAAAAUAAGGAGGCUGGUGCAGUGGCAGCAUUUGACCGUGUUCCAUUUUCAUAUCUGUCUGCUAAUUUUACCUUUAACACAGACAACUGUGUUGCUGACUUGUAUGGAAUUAGAGCUAGUCUUGUGGAUGGUGGGGAAAUUCGAGGAGCAGGAAAUGCUUGGGUUUGUCCUGAGGGUGAGGAAGAUGACACAGCAAUGGAUGUAAAUUUCUCAGGAAAUUUGUCCUUUGACAAGAUUAUGCAACGAUAUAUACCAGGUUAUCUUCAUCUUAUGCCACUCAAAUUAGGAGAUUUAAGUGGAGAGACAAAACUUUCUGGAUCACUUUUGAAACCGAGGUUUGAUAUCAAGUGGACUGCACCAAAAGCUGAAGGAUCAUUUAGUGAUGCUCGGGGAGAUAUAAUGAUUGCACCUGAUUGUAUCACUGUUAAUUCUUCAUCUGCUGCCUUUGAUUUGUUUACAAAAGUUCAAACUUCAUACCCUGAGGAACUGGCUAAACAAAAGGAGUGCAGUGAGAAUAUCACCGUGCCAUUUACUGUUGAAGGAGUGGAGUUGGACUUACGUAUGCGUGGUUUUGAGUUUUUCAACCUGGUCUCCUCAUAUACUUUUGAUUCUCCAAGGCCUACUCAUUUGAAAGCAACAGGAAAAAUAAAAUUUCACGGAAAGGUUCUGAAGCCUUCUAUUAUAAGCGAUGAAGCUGUUUGUCCUGAGGCUGAGGGGGAAUCUGAGAAAAUGAUGGAUAAAAUAAGCAAAAAGAGUCUUGUUGGUGACUUGUCGGUCUCAGGUCUCAGACUGAAUCAGUUAAUGCUGGCACCUCAGUUGAUUGGGCAGUUGAGCAUCUCUCAAGACUCUGUCAAGUUAGAUGCCAUAGGUAGGCCAGAUGAAAGUCUUGCAAUUGAGGUUGUGCAGCCUUUACAAUCUGGCUCUGAGGAGAACUUGCAAAAUGGAAAACUAUUCUCCUUUUCUCUUCAGAAGGGGCAACUGAAAGCUAAUAUUUGUUUACGCCCACUUCAUUCUGCUACUUUUGAGAUACGCCACUUGCCACUUGAUGAAUUGGAGCUUGCUUCACUUCGUGGAACAAUACAGCGGGCUGAAAUCCAGCUUAAUUUCCAGAAAAGAAGAGGUCAUGGUGUUCUAUCAGUUCUUCGGCCUAAAUUUAGCGGUGUGCUUGGUGAAGCCCUAGACGUGGCUGCUAGAUGGAGCGGUGAUGUUAUUACACUUGAGAAAACUGUUUUAGAGCAAAUUAGUAGCCGGUAUGAGCUUCAAGGUGAAUAUGUAUUGCCCGGCAGCCGGGAUAGAAACUUUUCUGAAAUGGGAAUGGAUGGUUUGUUUAAAAGAGCAAUGACAGGACAUCUUGGUAGUGUCAUAUCUUCUAUGGGAAGGUGGAGAAUGAGACUUGAAGUUCCCAGAGCUGAGGUUGCUGAGAUGCUUCCACUUGCUAGACUCUUGUCUCGAAGUAUAGAUCCUGCUGUCCGUUCUAGAUCAAAGGAUCUUUUCAUUCAAAGUUUGCAGUCGGUGGGAGUAUAUACUGAGAGUCUUCAGCAUUUGCUUGAGGUAAUACGGGGUCAUUAUACUGCAUCAAAUGAAGUUGUUCUUGAAGACAUAAAUCUACCAGGUUUAGCUGAACUUAAGGGCUGCUGGCAUGGUUCUCUUGAUGCAAGUGGGGGAGGCAACGGAGAUACUAUGGCAGAAUUUGACUUGCAUGGGGAGGAAUGGGAGUGGGGAAGUUAUAACACUCAACGUGUAGUGGCAGUGGGUGCAUUCAGUAACGACGAUGGUUUGCGUCUUGAGAAAAUUUUUAUCCAAAAGGAUGAUGCAACAAUCCAUGCUGAUGGAACUUUGCUGGGGCCAAAAACCAAUCUUCAUUUUGCUGUUCUAAAUUUUCCUGUUAGUCUAGUUCCUACCAUAGUGCAGAUUAUUGAAUCAUCUGCCACUGAAGCUGUUCAUUCUUUGCGACAAUUGCUGGCCCCGAUUAAGGGUAUAUUAUACACAGAAGGAGACCUCAGAGGAAGUCUUGCAAAACCAGAAUGUGAUGUACAAGUAAGGCUCUUGGAUGGUACCAGGGGCAUUGAUCUUGGGCGUGCUGAAGUUGUUGCUUCCCUGACCUCAAGUAGCCGCUUUCUGUUCAAUGCCAAAUUUGAACCGAUCAUCCAAAAUGGCCAUGUACACGUACAGGGAAGUGUUCCUGUUACUUUUGUCCAAAAUAGCGUCUCUGAGGAAGAAAUAGAAAUAGAAACAGAACGUAGCGAGGAAACUUUUGUCCCUGGCUGGGUGAAAGAAAGGAGUAAGGAGUCAACUGAUAAAACUAGUGAGAAGAAAACCUUCCGAGAGAGAACAGAAGAAGGUUGGGAUGCUCAGUUAGCUGAAAGCCUUAAGGGUUUAAACUGGAACAUCUUAGAUGUAGGAGAAGUUAGAAUUGAUGCUGAUAUAAAGGAUGGGGGCAUGAUGUUGUUGACAGCAUUAUCUCCUUAUGCAAAUUGGCUUAGUGGCAAUGCUGAUGUCAUGCUUCAGGUUAGAGGCACUGUUGAACAACCUGUGCUUGAUGGAUCUGCAUCAUUCCAUAGGGCAUCUAUAUCCUCACCUGUACUCAGACAACCACUUACAAACAUUGGUGGCACUGUACAUGUGAAAUCAAAUAAAUUAUGCAUAGCUUUAUUGGAAAGCAGAGUAAGCAGAAGAGAGCUGUUUCUAAAAGGGAAUUUGCCCCUUAGAACAAGUGAAGCAUCCCUGGGUGAUAAAAUUGACAUGAAAUGUGAAGUUCUCGAAGUACGGGCAAAGAACAUUCUGAGUGGCCAGGUUGACACCCAGUUGCAGAUAACUGGUUCCAUACUGCAGCCAACCAUCUCAGGCAAUAUUAAGUUGAGCCAUGGAGAGGCAUAUUUACCGCAUGAUAAGGGUAGUGGAGCUGCACCUUUGAAUAGGCUGGCAUCAAAUCAGUCCAGGCUUCUGGGUAGCGGUGUCAACAAAGCAGUUGCUUCUAGAUAUGUCUCACGGUUUUUCGGUUCUGAACCUGCUUCUUCAAGGACCAAACUCCCACAACCCUCUGUUAAAUCAGCUGGAGUUGAGAAGGAGAUGGAGCUAGUGAACAUUAAACCAAGUGUUGAUGUACGCCUUAGUGAUUUGAAACUUGUUUUAGGACCUGAAUUAAGGAUAGUUUAUCCUUUGAUUCUUAACUUCGCUGUUAGUGGGGAACUUGAACUGAAUGGCUUGGCUCAUCCAAAGUGGAUAAAACCGAAGGGCACUUUAACAUUUGAGAAUGGUGAUGUGAAUCUUGUUGCAACUCAAGUAAGGCUUAAGCGGGAACAUCUCAAUAUAGCAAAAUUUGAACCGGAGUAUGGUCUAGAUCCAAUGCUGGACUUGGCUUUGGUUGGAUCAGAAUGGCAAUUCAGGAUUCAAAGUCGAGCCAGCAAUUGGCAGGACAAAUUGGUGGUCACUUCAACACGUUCUGUGGAGCAGGAUGUUCUCUCACCCACUGAGGCUGCUAGAGUGUUUGAGAGUCAAUUGGCUGAGUCCAUAUUGGAAGGUGAUGGCCAACUUGCAUUUAAAAAGCUUGCGACUGCAACACUUGAAACGCUAAUGCCAAGAAUCGAAGGGAAGGGAGAGUUUGGUCAGGCCAGGUGGAGGCUAGUGUAUGCCCCACAAAUCCCUAGUUUGCUAUCUGUUGAUCCCACGGCUGAUCCUCUCAAAUCUUUAGCCAGUAAUAUAUCCUUUGGAACAGAAGUUGAAGUCCAGUUUGGGAAACGUUUGCAGGCCUCUAUAGUUAGGCAGCUGAAAGAAUCAGAGAUGGCUAUGCAAUGGACCUUGAUUUACAAGCUUACAAGUCGUCUGCGAGUUCUACUACAAUCUGCACCUUCCAAACGUCUUCUUUUUGAGUAUUCUGCUACCUCGCAAGAUUAAUCUGCUAUCAGUUAUUUGUUUUAGGGCAAACCUGCUACCUGCCAUUUUCAGGGCUUUGCACAGGUAAAAGUGCCACAGUGAUGCUUAUCUUUCAAGUAAAACGAAGGGUAAGAGAGGUCUAGGGAAGGGGUAGUAGUUUUUGAAAAUGCAAAGGUAGGUUUAGUUUCGUAUUUCAUUCUUUGCUCAAAAUCAAGAGCUUGUUUAUAUUUGAAUCACCUUCAUCUUUGUACAGAUGUAAAAUUCAACAAAAUGAUAUAGUUUCAAGAGUAGAAAUAUAGUAUUGCUCAAUCUUUAGCCUUUUCAACUAAGUGUAUCAAAUGUAAGGAGUGAUUUCAUGAACUAAUAAAAUUAGAUUUCUUGGCUUUCCAA